AUGGUUGUGGUCGUUGUUUCCCACUUUGUCCAUAUGGCAAAAUCAGAGAAAAUACAUAUGUUAGAACAAAUGGUUUGGUUGAUUGAUUUCAAAGGCUGGACUGCAGCUAGUAUAUUUGUGAAGGUAACACAUGAAACAACUAAAGUUUUACAGAAUCAUUAUCCAGAAAGGCUAGGCGUGGCCAUUCUAUACAAUCCACCAAAGAUCUUCGAGUCAUUUUGGACAGUGCUAAACCCAUUUUUGGAACCAAAGACAUACCGGAAAGUAAAAUUUGUAUAUUCAAAAGACUCAGAAAGUAUGAAGAUUAUGGAAGAAUUAUUUGAUAUGGACAAAGCAGAAACUGCAUUGGGUGGGAAAUGCCUUGUAGAAUUUAGUAAAGAUGAGUAUAGAAAACGCAUGGGAGAAGACAAUGCCAAAGACUUCUCUGCAGCGUGGCUGAUAGAAUGUACUAAAAUUCUGGUUAAUGGCCCCGUGUAA